GAAGAAGGAGAAGCCGGAUGUAAACAAGUCCGGUCCGAAGUCUCUUCAUGACCGGGGAGACUUUAUAAAGAGAGGACAGCCCACCAUGACUGAUGUGAGUGUGCAGCAGUGGGGGGAGGUGGGGGGCCGGGGCCCCGUGGACCUGUGGGUGCUGCAGUCGGCCCAGGUGCGGGUGGAGGUCCUCAGCCUGGGGGCCAUCCUCAGGUCUGUGUGCUGCAGAGGGAGGGAGGGCCACAUGGAGGACGUGGUGCUGGGCUUCGAUCACCUGGAAGGUUAUCUGUCAGAUCAGCGCUACCUUGGAGCUACGGUGGGCCGCGUGGCCAACAGGAUCGCACGGGGGCACUUUGUGGUGGAGGGGAAAGAGUACCGACUAGAUAUCAAUAAUGGACCCAAUGCACUGCAUGGAGGGCUGCGAGGCUUCAAUAAGGCGAUCUGGCUGGCUACAGCAGUGGAAGGCGGAGUACAGCUGAGUCUUACCAGUCCAGAUGGGGACCAGGGUUAUCCUGGAGAGGUGCAGGUCUCUGUCUCCUACACACUGCAGGGGGAAACUCUAACUGCUGAAUACCAAGCCCGCUCUACAAAGACCACCCCCAUCAACCUCACCAACCACUCAUACUUCAACCUGGCGGGACAGGCUGCAGCAGAUAUCUACGACCAUCAGGUGUCCAUCAGUGCUCAGUCCUACCUUCCUGUGGAUGACUCAUCGAUUCCAACUGGAGAGAUCCGCCGGGUGAAAGGCACACCCUUUGACCUUACCACGCCUGUUCUGAUUGGCCCUCGGCUAAAGGAAGUUCCGGGUCCUGGGUUUGACCAUAACUUCUGCCUGUCGUUCCCUGGAGACAGCUGGACAGAGAGAGGUGCUGCCAGAGUGUGUCACCCAGCUAGUGGGCGGGUCCUAGAGGUUUCUACAAGCCAACCUGGAGUCCAGUUCUACACUGCCAAUUUCCUGGAUGGUCUGACAGGAAAGGGGGGGGUGAUGUACAGGAAGCACAGCUCCUUCUGCCUGGAGACGCAGAACUGGCCUGAUGCCGUGAACCAGGCUCCCUUUCCUUCCUGUCUCCUGUGUCCCGGUGAGGACUACCAUCAUGUGACUCGCUUCACCUUCACCACUGUGUGACCUCCAGCAGGACAGACAAGAAGAAAUCUAGAGAAGGACGUCCAAUUGUUGAUUGUACAUAUAAUUGUUUGCAGUAUGAUCAGGAAGCAUAGUGUUCAUCAGACGGUGCCUUUCUCACUUCCCCUCUGUGUAACUGUGUCAUUUCAUGCAGAUGUUUUGAAUGUGGAUGAUUUCAGUGCAGCGGGCUGUGAUGCAGAGAGGGACUCUGACUAUACUCUGUUAGUUAUAAUGAUUUAUCAUCCUGUGCCAUACAAUUAUUACUUUGAACAAAGAAUACAUAAAGAGCCUUCUCAACCAA